AUGAGCUACAAUGGCGGUAGAGAACCCUGGGAGAUCGCGCAGCAGCAAACACUAAAAGGACGGGUACCAGUGAUACACAGCCUGCAGUUGAGGCAAACGGGCGGCGGAAGACCUCCUAGAUUAAAUGACUCAGCCAAGCUAAAUAGCCAGUUCUCGUCAGCGAAGGUGAUGAAAAAGUACCCACCUCGUCUCGACCCACCUCCAGCCCCUUCCCAACAAACCGAAGUCCUGAAGCUCGUCCCGAAGACAUAUCAAAUUAUUCAUACCUCGGAGCCGAUGAAUAUAGAUUUUGCCUGGAACGAGUACGACGAGAGCGUCAGAAAGUGCAAAUCCUGCAACCUGAUCAUGCCUCAGUUGGAGAUGCUGGAACACGUGCGGGCUUUUCAUCGCGGGUGUACGUACCGUUGCCACCCUUGCCGACGAGUCUUCCCAGACCCCUCAACACUACAGUACCAUCAACGACUACGACAUGGAGUUAUUACCAUGUUGGGAGGACAGUGCCGCCGUCCAAACAUCAUGUGCGCCGAGUGCGACGGCUCGUUCGAGAAUAUGCCCUCGUAUGUCAGCCACGUCAAGGAGGAUCAUCUCGAGCCAGGCCACACGAUGAAAAUCGAGUCCCAUCUUUUUCACAGUACGCAGGAGCUCGAGGACUGGAAGAACAAGGUGGAGAACGAGACAUGUGCUCUCUUCGUCUGCUCCUCCGGAAAAGUCCGCCCCAAAAACACGCUCGGCACCGGAACCUCGCAUCAAUAUCUCCAAUGUUACCGUUCCGGGCAUCAGAGCCGGAACCAUGGUGUUGAUCACGUCGAAAAGUUUCGGCGGAGGAAGAGCAAAAAGAUCAACGCCUUUUGCACGGCGUAUAUCAACAUCGCCGAGACGAGCCGGGGGUUGAUAUCAGUCAAGUGCUGUCUGUCGCAUUUUGGCCAUGACAUCGAGCCUGAGCACUUGCCUUUGAGCAAGUUCUUGAAGAGCCGCGUUGAAGACCUGCUCCGGCUUGGCAAAGAUUUCGACGACAUCCGCGAAUCCAUAGCCAACGAAUCGCAGCCCACCGAGCGGGGAUAUUUCUUGAAGAAGUACGAGGUCGUCAAUGUAGCAAAGAGACUCGUCCGUCUCGAGCCGUUUAUCAUCCUCAACAACCGGUUGGUUCCCGAAAGCGCAGACGUCGUCGGCAGCAUCAUUGAAGAUACGGGGAGAGGUCGAAACCGAAACAUCCCGCUCGGAUUUGACACCACUACCCGGCUGCUGUUGAAGCCGGAGCCCAGAACUAGAAGCAGCUACGCCUUCGAUACCUUCCGACAGGAGCCCGACACCUUGGUAUUUCCGGGCCCUUCCACUUCUUAUGCCGAUGAGGGACUGGGAUUUUUGGAUGAUGAGCCCUCUACCUCUUCUCGACCUCCAGAACCCAGACAACUGACAUUUGUGAGGCAUCGGCGAACCUUGGACAUGCCCGAGAUCGACUUGGGUCAUAGGAGGAUGGGCACGAAGGCGCUCCUUGUCGACGACGGGAUCAUCUACGACCCGAGAGCACCAAAUAUGGAAAUAAGGCCUGCGAUUAAGAAGACGCCGCUAUUAAUGCUUCCAACUCCCAGCGAGGACGGUCAACUUUCGCAUGAUCUGACGUACAACCUACAGGACACCGUACGAGCGCUCAAAUACGAAGUGGACCCCAUGAAAAUUGAGGACCUCCGGAUUCAGAAGGCCAAAAUCGAGGCCAAGAUUGCUGAACUGGUGCCACAGACCAAAUCCGGAAACCGACUGAUGCUUGACGUUGUGGAUGACCACCGGAAGGACCCGCCACUGCUUGAGAAAUCCCAGGCUGAGCACCAGUUCAUCACUUAUGAUCAUGAUUUUGGCAGUUUCGAGUAUCCAGAACAGGACGACAACAGCUUCAUCGACCCGCUGGAGACGAUCGAUCCACUUGGGGAUUUU